CGAUUUGACUACAUCUUUGUAUUAUCCACAAGGAAUAGUUGAAUUCUCAAGCAGAUGGGAAGCAAUUCAAUUCUUUACAAUCUAAUGGAGGAGAGCAUAUCAGAUUCAGUUACUACAGAGAGUCUUUGGAAUGAAGAGUAUGUUACUCAUGAGAUUUCUACUGCAAUGGAGGAGAUGUACACUUGCAGUAGUCAAGCCAUGGGGAACCCACAGUUAUCAAGCUUCUCUCUGCAACUUCAACAACAGUUAUUUGAUAACAUGCUUGCUGUCCAGAAUACAUUCAGAGUAAGCAGUGCAUUCACAAGGUACAAGAAGGAGUCUGCUAAUGGAUUCCAACUGAGCCAGAAAUCUUCAAUGAAACAGAAAUCAAUCAAGAGAUGCAUCAAUUUUUUUAGGAGAAUACAAGCAAAUGAGAUAGAGAAGUCAAGAUGGGUAGUUCGCGUGGACGAGUCGUAUGCAUCCACACAUAGGAUGGCUGAGCGCAACAGGAGAAUCAAACUCACUCAGCAAUUCUAUGCUUUACGUUCUCUUCUUCCUCACAAUCCCAAGAAAUGUGAUAAACAUUCCAUCUUGUCAAAUGCUAUAGCUCAGCUGAAUGAGCAGAAGCUUCGAAUCGCAGAGCUUGAGCAACACAACAAAACCCUAAUGAAGGAAGUUACCCGACAUAUAUGUGAAGGUUACAGUAGUUUAUCAGAUGGUAACGUAGAAGAUUUAGGAAAGCAUCCAUUAAUGGCUUCCAUUUGUGAAGAAGCUGUUAUGGUGAUUGAGGAUAGUGAAAUUUCAGAUGAAGCAACAUUGCAUGUAACUCUGAAAAAUGUAAUAUCCAAUUCUAUGUAUAUGGACGCCAUUGUUACCCUGGUCAAGUGCCUCAAAGAAAUGAGAUUGGGAGUUGCGAGAAUCCAAUGCCAGGAGUUAGACUCAAGAAACCCAGUAAUCGAAGUGGCAAUCCAGAGGCAAACAACGGGAGGAGGAUGGGAGCUAUUCCAAAGGAAACAUUUGGAGGAAAUGGUGAAAUGUGCUCUCAAUGCAGCCUAAGUAGACUGUCUAAAAAGGAGUUUUGUUAUGUAAUCAUGAACGUUAGUUACAUUUGGAAGAGGCAACGGUGACGAGAUCGACGGAAGAUUCAGGGCGGACGAUUGAGUGGAGUUGUUGGUCGGUCAUUGAUGGCGGCGUGACGGCGUAGCUUUGCCUCUUCCAUAUUAUAUAUAAAAGGAACUGUGAUAAAAUAUUCGAAAAGUCUUUAUUGGGCGGCAGGGUGAGAUUAGAAGUAUAAGAUUAGGAUACAGUCUUGAUCAAGAUAGUGGAAGGAAAUAAAUUAAGGAGAUAGACAUCAUAUAAUGGCUGUAACACUACACAUCUUUACUUAGAAAUGCCAUGGUGGGAACCACUUUGUAUCACUUGCAAACACCUCCAUAAUGAUAAUGGAAUCAAACUCCACAUGUGGUUAGAAGGAAAGCGUGUGCAAUAUCGGAAAUAUUGAUUGUAACAUAUCUAAUAUCAUGAAUCAUAUUCCAAG